CUCUUGCUUUUGUUCGUCGUAUCCUUCCCGGUGUGGAUUCUUCUUCGUAACAUUGUUAUCUUUUUACGAUGUUUUGUUAUUCGCGUCGCGUCGGGAUCGGGUGUGAGAAGGAGUUUUUAUUCAUUUCGGUGUGUGGCAACUUUAUCUCUUUCCGAUAAAUGGUUGGUUCACACGAUGUUUUUUUUUUUGGGUUAUAAUGUCGUUUGAUCUCUCCUGGAGAUUUGGUAUAUGCGAAAGACCGACCAAGAGAAGCGCGUGACAUUCGGUGUUCAAGCGAGAGCGAACGGGACGAAUUAUAAUAAAAAACGAACCGCUGUGUAUUAGUGCACUUCAAUUUCAAUGUGUAACAGUAGAGUACCUUGAUUAAUUAGGCAGAAUAAAAAGACGAGGAAAAAGUGUAGGCAUUGAAGUACUCAUGUGAUUUAAGAAUUCAUACAAAAACCUGGAUACAUCCUACUAGGAUCGAAAACAUGUGAUUUCAUCUGAUGGUUCCCUUAUGGACGCGUGUUAAUUGGUGAAAUUGGUGUGAUGGAGACGUGUAGCCGCGAGAUGAGCGAUCAUAUGAUAAUGAACCAGAUGACACUGCUGGCACGUGAUGGGCUAUGAAAUAUAGUAUUCAUCGAAGAUUAAGAGAUAAAUAACCUUCCUCCCGCAAUCAUCGCACGAGGGCAAACCGCGACCGAUCACCAACAACUUUUACGACUCGUCAUCGCCUUCGGACCCCAGUCAAUUGAUCGGACCCCUCACUGAAUUAAGCGGAGACAUUCCGAGGGCAGCGGAAGGCGCGAAAAAGACGAACGAGGUGCAGAGAGAUUAAUCUCCAGCUCGUCGAGGUGAAGGCAUUAAAUUAAUUAACGGAGACCUCCUUGAUCGCGCGCCCUUCUCUGGGGCGUGUCCCGCCACUGCCCUGAUGAGGUCGAUCGACACCUAGAGAACCAGACACCGAGUGGACCCCAAUCAAAACAGCGCAAACGGCAAGAGGCAUCGACAUGAAGCGGCGACCCCCUAAACAACAACAUCUACAACAAAAGCCCGACAAGUCACGAUCGGUCGUCGUUCGAGAGUUGCUCGCCGAGCUACGCGAUCGUGCCAUGAGCAGCUGAAUGCGGAGCGUGCGCGCCAAACGACCACGAAGAGAAUCGGAGAGCUUUUCUCUUCAUCAUCUGUGAUUAAGGCAACAAAACAACACAUUCCAACACCUCGCGGUUUGCCUUUUGCUAAGGCAGAAGACUAGUGAAGAGCGAGAGAAGCGGGAGAACAGUUAGAUUUAAGGAUAAGCAGUAAGACUAAGCAAGCAAGCAGUUUACAAACGAUCGCGACAAAAAUGUCUCAAGGAAACUAUGUCAGCAAAUAUGCCGGCGAAUUUUGCAAGCUGGUCGUCGAGGGGGAUCUUGCCAAGAUCAAGUCCAAAUUCAAGGACUUCGUCCUAGACUAUCAAACACCGGAAGAUCUCAAUACUCCUCUGCAUCUCUCGAUCAUUGCCCAACAGAACCGUAACGAGAUCAUUCAGUUUCUGAUCGAAUCCGGUGCAGAUUGUGAUCUACGGAACUCCAUGAACCUCACCGCAUCAGAGUUAGCAAUCAAUCUCAACUUUCUGGACGUGACCAAAUUUAUGUUGGCUAUCGAGUUCCGCAAUCUGUCCGAUUACCGGUGCUUCUAUCGAUUGAUUCGACGCGGAUCAGUACCACUGCUGCAGUUAUACUUGGAGUUGAAAAGCUUCGAUGUCCACCAACAAAUCCACUAUGUGUCCAGCGUGUGGCAUGAAUUAUACGUCAAAAACGUGCAGAUAUCGAAAAACAUGGAAAACUUUCUCGAAUAUCAAUUGCUCAACUACAGCUAUGCAUAUCAUCAUCCACCGAAUCAGAAACCGGACCGGCUAAAGUUCGACAAAGAGCACGAAAACCGCAUCGAUCUAAUCGUGGAGUACACCAAGUACCUCACCGAUCACUACACCACCGACAAUCUCAACGACUUCGACGACAAGUUCCUGCUAGCAAUCAAAAUAAUCUACGACAAUCUGUUCUUCAUCAAAGACAAGCACGAAUUCGCUCAUCUGCCGAUGCUGGAGAUCGAACGAUGUCUAGCGAUCUUCCUAGCCAUCUUCAAAAAGACUCCAGACUACGAGAUCUACAAACUGAUCAUCAACAAGAAGCAACUGUUGGUAUUUCUAUCGGCAAUCUGCGACGAAUUGGACAAGAUCAAAAAGGACCUCCUUGACAAAGAAAACCGCAGCCAACAAAAAUGGACCAACGAUCUGCUACUGCAUCUGAUCAACUGCAUUCGUGAUGCAGCACCGGCAAAGUCCACCAAAGCGAUCAACGCGCUUUGGAAGAAAAAAUGCCCGCUAAAAAAGAAGCUUAUCUACUACGUUAAAGCACGGCUCAAAAGUAACACCGAGCUUAACGCAAUCCAAGCUAGGCUAAUCAAUAAUCUAUCCAAAAACGAGCUUGAGGUAAUCCGAGCGGAAAUGAAGUCCAAGGAGUUUCUCAACCUAACGCGAACCGUUUCGCGCAAAAACUACAUUGUGUUCAGACGGCUUCGGAAGACAUCCGACCAUCUGGCGCAACUGUACGCAAUCAAAAAGAUUCUUCGUUAUUUGGACGGAAUCUCGCGAGUACAACUCCCGCAGUAUCAAGUGUCCGGAAUCCUUGCAAUCAAACGAACCCUUCAAAUCUUGUCGCAAGUCACCAACAGUACAAAAUACAGUCCUCGUAUUCAGCGUAAGUUGGAAUACGUAGUCAACAAAGUCCUGCCGCUCAAUCUAGACGUCGACUUGAAGGACUUCUACACCCCCAAUGUCACCCUCUACAAGAUGUGCUCGGAUAAGCUGGAAAACCGGUUGAUGCCGUUUGCCGAAGUGCAAUGCAGUUUGAAAUCCGUUCGACGGUACUUCUCCCACAUUUUCGACCUUAAGAUUUUGGAAGCGUACAAAUGCUAUCUGGGAAACGUCUACCAGUUGAAAGACCGAGUUCAGGUCAAAUCCUACAACCAGUAUGUUGGGGAAGCGAAUCGGCUGUACUUUGAAAAUCACACAUUGGAUGAUCUUUUCUUCGAGCUGGAAGAUUGUAUACGAGUCGUUGAAGAACUGCAGGACACGUUCAACCAGCAGCACGACGACAAAAUCAGUGAUCUGCUGAGGUGCGUCCAUAAACCACUGGUCUACCGGUAUGAGUCACUGCUCAAAGAAGGCAAAGAGCUUCUCACCACCAUCAGUUCAAAUUUCAACACCAGCUUAUUACUGGGAUCCGCCAACCAGGAUAUGGCGAAAGUCAAACGAAUUGUUCGGUCUUUCCUUGGAGAAAAAUUUCCCAAAUAUGACAUCAGUACCGACAGUCACCUGGUGGGCGUUCACUUUGUACUCCAGGAGAUGUUACACCUCUUUACCAACUACGUCUACCAGUACCAGAUGGACGAACGAGUUGCGAAGAACUUCAUCACCAUGCUCUGCACUCUCAACGUUGAACGAUACUUUGCGAUCGAUCAUUUCCUGCCAGCCAGAGGGAAGGAAUACGAGAGUCUUAUCCACCAAAACUACACCAACGAAAUGUUGAAAAAGUUUAAUCUCCAGAACCUCAGUUCGAUCGAGUUUGCCGUACUACACGAACAGCUGGCCAUCAACUAUUACGAUAACUGCUUUAAUUUGGACAAAAAGUACGCCGUGUUGACCAUGUUCAUGAAGACCACUAACCGGCAGAUCAACGAUGCCAUCGUCAAACGCAACAAGCGGAUGGACCGGGAAGAAUUUCAGUCCUAUCUGGAGAAUAAGCUCAAACAAAUUGGUCAGUUCCUGCCGUGUAGUGACUUCAACGAAGUCACGCAGUUCAUCAACGAAGCUGCCCCGCACGUGGAGUUCGCCCUAGAGUUCUGUCUCCUGGAGAUUUGCGAGAUCCUCACAGAUCUUAACGUAUUCCAAGACAAUUCCUACGUACUAAAGCUGCAAUCGUCCAUAAUUAGCGGGCGGAAUUUACGUGAAUACCUACUGCAGGAUCCGCUAGUUUACGACAUGCUCACGUUAACACACAGCACCAAGGUGAAAGUUUUCCUGAACGGGUUGAUCUUCAAGAGUAACGAUUUCAAACUGUACCAGCCACCGAACAACUUGAAAGUCAACGUCAGUGAUCUGGCAACGAUCAACGAGAAUCUCAUCAACAGCUACAAGAUGAAGUGGAGCUGGGUCGAACAGCAAGAGCGAUUGUUCAAAUCGGUGGAAAAUAUCGACCUGAAACUGUUGCAGGCACUGACACCGGACUACGCGGAUAUCCGGGGGAUGAGACUCGGUUCACUGCAGGACGGAGCACCGAUAGCAGAGUACGAGAUCGUAGACUACACCAUCAAGAACAAUCUGAAAGCGAUGAUUGAUUUCCUGGCAGAGGACGUGCAGGCUAUUUCGUUCGAAAAGCAACAGUUCUUCCAGUACUUGUUGGUGAGGAGCUUCGGAUCGAUGUUCGUGGAUGCCCAUGUGAACUUGACCGGGCAGUACGAACGGCAAGCCACGAUUCUGUAUAUGGCGCUGUAUUUCCGAGCGUACGAAGUAUUUCUGGAGAAUGUGAAGAAGUUUGAGUUGAGCAUCAAUCUGUCCAAGAUUGCAAAGUAUAUAGAUGUUGAGUUCAUCGACAAAAUCGCAAAGCAGAUGAAGGACAUUGGAUGGAACUGUAUGGACGAAAAUGGAGUAACGGUGCUGGACCAGUGCGUUCAGAAAGGAGACGUCCAGGCGAUCAAGAAGUUGAUCAAGUUGAAUGUGGAUGUGAAUCAGUGCAAUGUGGACAGCAUGACAGCGUUGCAUCGUGCGUGCAGUCUGGGAAUGAGCGACGUGGUGCGGUUAUUGAUCAAGCAGAACGUCCAGAUUGGGGCUGUGAAUGAGGCCGACUGUCUGCCGGUGAGUUAUGCCGUGCAGUACGGAGAGAAUGAUCUUAUUCCGAUGUUGAUUGGAGACGAUGUUGACCUCGGGUCUGAGCGAUUCGGAUUGGUGCGACGAGCAGUGAAGUAUGGAAAUCUGGAUGCGUUGAAAUUCUUGCUGGAUAUCCGGCAAAUUGGAAUAAAUGGCCGACUGGAUCAAGAAGGAAACACAUUGAUCCAUUUGUGCGCAGUAUACAAUCGGGUGGAAAUUUUGAAGUACUUGAUCGCCAGUCAUUCGAAGUACGUCCAAGAGAACCUCAACAGACAGAACUGUUAUUUGAAAACCGCGUUGCAUGUGGGCGUUAGUUGCAAACGGUACGAAGUGGUGGAAUUACUGCUGCAACAGAAGGCUUCCGUGACGGUGACGGAUCAGAGUGGUUUGAACGCGGUAGAGUGGAUCUUGGAGGAGAACAGUAUGAAGAUGCUGAAGUUGUUCGUAAAGUACAAUUUUGCACAGCAAAGGAGCUGCAUCAAACAGCUGCCGUUGACCAUCGCAGUUGAGAAGCGCAACAUAAGGAUGUUAAAGUACUUGAACAAAAUCGGAUACAGUUUGAGCGCGGAGCCGUUAUGUUUAAUAAAGGCGGUGUACGCACAGUCGGUAGAUCUGGUGAAGUUCUUGGUGGAAAGUAAUAAGCCGUGUUUGAACUACAGAGAUCCGUACGAUAGCACGGCAUUGCACGUUGCAAUUGCGAUCGGAUGCAAUGAGAUCGCAGCAUAUCUGAUGGAAAGUGGAGCGGAGAUCAACGCAGUGACCAAGUUCGGCGAUACUCCGCUGCAUGUGGCCGCUAAGCAUAGCAAUAUCAUAGCCGCGCGGAUGCUAAUCUUGAAGUAUGCAACGAUCGACGAGCGAAAUUCUUCCGGAAUGACUCCAUUAGUCCAAGCGAUGUAUUCGCGUAAUUUGGACAUUAUGAAGCUGUUGAUAGGUGCCGGAGCGAACAUUGAACUGUUGAAGAUCCACCUGGCCGAAAUCGAAAAGAUGUCGAAGAUUCCAACGAUCCACAUGUUUUCCGACAACUACGGAUUGCUGGAGUUUAUGAUCCUACAGCUGCAGUAUGAUCCGAACGUACGAGACGGCCGUAAUCAACAGAAUCUGCUGCAUAAAGCAUGCUACAGCAACAACCUUCAGAUCGUCCAAUUCCUGAUCGACUGGUGUCGGGUUCAAACAGAGCAGCAGGACACCAACGGCCGAACUCCUUUGGCUAUUGCCAACGAAUGCAAGAACUUCGAUGUGGCCGAGUUCCUACGAGGCAAGAAGCGGAAAAAGUCCCAGAUAACUCCACAGCGGUACUUCGAUCCGACGGGGAUGAUGUGAGACCCAAUGCCACCAGUAUUUCCUUUCCCCGUGAGCUAUUAUCCAUUUCCUUAGCUUGCUAGUUCCAUGAGGGGUUGAUGACUUCCGUGCCGAAAUGAGGCAAAAGAUCUAGACCUCAACACAAUAGAUUGCAAUGGAUAGUAUCUCCUGCUGUCGAGUUGACCACUGGUUGAUCAGCACCGUGUGCUGCUCCAGAAUUUGACUACCGAACAGCUUACUCAGUAAAAUUGAGUACGGAAGUCAUCAACGUACGGAUGAUGAACUAGACAACCUCCAACAAGACGUGCGAUUUCAUUUGAGGAUGUCCAUCUGCAGCUAGAUUCACUCGGCUUUGAUUGAAAGUUCCUCCUUUUCAGUAAGGUUGCUACAAAGCGUACGAAGAGUUCAUCGAAACUGAAUUCGGGCGAAGAUGCUUUUCAUCCGAGAUUCGAUAUUUUUCAUACACUGUUUUAUCUUUAUAGCGGAAUUCUCAUGAACACUUUGAGGCAAUCUUACCAACUCUUAGCAUUACUGAAAACCGAGACGAGCCCAGCUGCAGUUCUGUGGCUUCCGGAAUUGGAAAUAGGUCGUCGGCCUGCUCCUUCCAGUAUUCAGGCAAACCUCCGUUCGUUCUAGUCAGUAUGGGAUAUGUGUGUGAGAGUGCCAUUCGUUUCCCAAGCGGUGAUCCUGCCCGUCCGGGCGUCACCAUCUGCGAACAAAAAACCAACAAGUACCAGCGAACGUUUGCCCUUAUGUAUCCCAAGUUCAAAAUUUCCCACGGAAGCUGUGCAGGGAACAUGUUUAUCUCACAAUCUCGUAAAUUAUAAUCUCAAAAUUUUAAAAUCCGUAGUUUUAACGAAUAAUUUCUAAAUUUGUCGAAAGGAAACUGGCAUGGUCAGAAAAACUGGCAACCCUUAGAGCAGUGUUGUCAUAAAUGCAGACUUCAGAAGGCUGGAGCAAAAAAUAUUGCCGAUAUCAAUGUAAUAUGAAUAUAUCUCACACAAAAAUAGCUUACUUUAGAAUGGAUUGUCCAAAACAGACAGAAAAUACAAUAGUUUAAUUCGUGAUUUACUAUGUAAAAGUGUAAGAAUUUGCACAUUGAAGAUAAACAAGUGAUCAGUGGUAGAGAGAUCAGAUUUUAGGAACGCUAUACUUUAGAGUGGAAUUGCUUUCCUUUCGCGUAAUCUUUGGCGACUGUAGUGAUAAGCUUUUUUUCGUAGCAUAAGACUUGAUAAUAGACAAGAUAGCAGUACAGAUACACACAUAUGAGAAGAAAAGAAAAUACUUUUUUAUCGUACCUUUAAGUAACGAAA